GCAGCAAGCAAGCAAACGCCACUCGCCAUGCGCCCCGUGACCGCGUCACAGCCGCAACCACACAAACCGGUCGGCCCUCGCGGCCUCACCUCACCUCCUCACCCCCUGCCUCUGCUCCAUUCCUCGUCGCCACUCGCGCGCCGUGUGACCGUGAGGAUGAGAUAGAAACCACCCGCCCACGCGGAGCCAGGUCAGGCCGGAGCCGGCCGCCCGGCUCGCAUGACGCCAUCGCCGGCGUCCGCGUCAGCCUCGGACUCCGGGAUGCUCGGCCGCCGGCUCACGCUGCUCCCGGCGGUGUCGCGCGGGGGCACGACGCGGGCUCGGAUGACGCUGGGGUGCGUGCUGCUCGACCACGUGGCACCGCGGCUCGCGGUGGCCUCGGCCGCACUAGUUGGGGCCCGGGAGGUGAUCGCAGCGGCGGCCGCGGCGGGUGCGGGGGGAAGCGGCGCGGUGCACGGCGCCGUGGCGUCGACGCUCGCGCAGGUGGCGGUCACGGCCGUGGCGAUCGCCUCGGGGGCGUGCCUGUCCACCAAGGUCGACUUCCUCUGGCCUCGCAUCGAGCAGCUGCCUGAUACUCUUAUAUUUGAAGGAGUAGAGGUGACAGGAUACCAGAUAUUUGAGGAUCCAAAGGUGCAGAAAGCAAUAGUAUUUGCUAGCACGGCCCACCUUGGGCAAUUUAGGAGAACAGGAGAUCCAUAUGUUACACACUGCAUACAUACUGGGAAAAUUUUAGCUGCCUUGGUUCCAUCGACUGGAGAAAGAGCUGUUAAUACUGUCGUGGCUGGCAUUCUUCAUGAUGUUAUUGAUGAUACAUCUGAGAGCUUGAAGAGCAUAGAAGAGCAGUUUGGGGAUGAUGUUGCUAGUUUGGUAUCCGGUGUUUCAAAAUUAAGCUACAUAAAUCAGCUACUGCGCAGGCAUCGACAAAAAAAUACUGGUGGGAGCACUCUUACUUCGGAAGAAGCAAAUAAUCUGCGUGUUAUGUUAUUGGGGAUGGUUGACGAUCCUCGUGUGGUGCUCAUCAAGCUGGCAGAUCGCUUGCACAAUAUGCGAACCAUUUAUGCUCUUCCUUUACCCAAAGCUGAAGCUGUUGCUCAAGAGACAUUGGCUAUCUGGUGCUCACUUGCUUCUCGAUUGGGAGUCUGGGCUCUGAAAGCUGAGCUGGAAGAUUUAUGCUUUGCUGUCCUUCAGCCUCAGAUCUUCAAGAAAAUACAAUCUGAACUUACUUUAAUGUGGAAUCGUACCAGCAAAGCUAAAAGUAUGAGAAGGUCAUCAGUUAGAAGUGAAUUGCUUGCCUCAAUGAAGGAUGCACAUACGAUGCCUGCCCAUGAUUUGUUUAGCUCGUGCAACCAAGAAAAACCCAAUAUGAGGGAGCUAUUGCAGGCUGUAUUGCCAUUUGACCUCUUUUUGGAUCGGAAGAGGCGCUCGUACUUCCUUAGUAAUCUCAACAGUAGUUCUGAAGAAUCUAUACCAAAGCCUAAGAUUGUUGAUGCUGCUGCUGUUGCACUAGCAUCUUUAGCAGCUUGUGAGGAAGAACUUGAGCGAGAAUUACUCAUAUCAACAUCGUAUAUACCUGGGAUGGAAGUGACUAUGUCAAGUAGACUCAAGAGCUUGUAUAGUAUCUACUGCAAGAUGAAAAGGAAAGAUGUAGGAAUUAGGCAAGUAUAUGAUGCUCGUGCAUUGAGAGUGAUUGUUGGGGACAAAAAUGGCGCGUUGCAUGGACCUGCUGUUCGGAGUUGUUACAGCGUCCUUGAUAUAGUACACAGGCUAUGGUCUCCAAUUGAUGGGGAAUUUGAUGACUACAUUAUCAAUCCUAAGGGUAGCGGUUACCAAUCACUCCACACAGCAGUUCAGGCAUCUGAUAGCUCACCGCUGGAGGUCCAAAUUAGGACCCAGCGAAUGCAUGAGUAUGCAGAAUAUGGACUUGCUGCUCAUUGGCUGUAUAAGGAGAGCAAAGUUGAGUACAGAAGUGGCAUGAGUAAGAGGAUAAGCCAAAGUACAUCAUAUUCAUCAAGUUCUUCAGAAGAUGAGAGUUCUAUACAGGAUGGUAUUCCAUCAAAGUACAGUUCUAUGAAAGUGGGGCAUCCGGUGCUAAGAAUUGAAGGUAGUCACUUACUGGCAGCUGUCAUAGUCAGCAUAGAUAAAGGAGGAAAAGAAUUGCUUGUCGCUGUAAGUUUUAGUCUCGAAGCUUCUGAAGCUGUAGCUGAGCGAAGGUCAUCUUUCCAGUUGAAGCGUUGGGAAGCUUAUGCUAGGUUUCAUAAGAAGGUUUCUGAAAAGUGGUGGUGUGCACCUGGACAUGGUGACUGGUCAACAAAUCUGGAGAGGUACACACUAUGCCAGGAUGGGAUAUUCCAUAAGCAAGACCAAUUUGGGAGACUUUUGCCUACAUUUAUUCAAAUAAUCGAUUUGACGGAAGAGGAAGAGGAAGAGUAUUGGAUGGUUGUAUCUGCCAUAUUCGAGGGCAAAGAGACUUCCAGUCUACCAUCUGAAUCAAGUUACGCUGAUAGAUCAUCAUCUGACCCUCCGAGUUCUACUCCAUUAAGUGAUCCCAUCAACAAUAAGGUGCACUUGCUCAGGACAAUGCUUCAAUGGGAGGAGCAAGUUCGCCGUGGCGCAUCUAUGGCGGAGAAAAGUCUCGGUGUAAGCACAUGCACGAAACCAAUCCUACGCGAGGUGGCCAUAAUCUUCUGGCCGAAUGGGAAGAUAAUGAGGAUGAGCACUGGUAGCACAGCUGCUGACGCUGCUAGAAGAAUGGGCGUUGAAGGGAAGCUGCUUUGGGUCAAUGGCCAACUAGUAUUGCCUCAAACGGAGCUCAAAGAUGGGGAUAUAGUUGAAGUGAGGGUGUAGAUGCAGUUUCCAGCUUCCAAUACACCUUUCUCAGGGCUACUGAUCAGAUCAGGCUGGUUCCUCAGUUCUUGCCAACUACCUAGGCGUGCAACAGACCGGAGAAUGGUAGACCUAGGAAGCCAAACCUCAAUUGUACAGUCCAUCUGUCGAAAUGAAUCGUAGGAAGCAGAUUCUGUAAGUAUCGUACAAUUGUGUACUGUGUACAUAAACAAAAGCAACUUAAAGUAUCAAAUGACUGUCCAAUUGUAAGUAUC